AUGAACAAAAAAUCGAUCUUUUAUUCUCUCCCCAUCUUAAACGUUCUUUUUGCUUUCUUUCUUCCUCUCUUGUCUCUCCUUCAAUUAAAUAAAAUGAUUCUUUUCUUUCAUUCACUCAUUCGCUUUUCGUUCCUCAUUUUGGAAGAACGAACACAAUUAAAAUGUCUCCUUCGCGUGCUAAUCGAUUGUGUGUUCUCUGUCGGUGAGAAUUCUGGAACCCAUUCUGUUCUCAGCCAUUAUACCUGUCCUAGCCCCGGCAAAAAAUGGAUUGUCAGUGACAAUCUAUCUAUCUAUCUAUCUAUCUAUCUAUCUAUCUAUCUAUCUAUCUAUCUAUCUCACACGCCAACACUCUACAUACACUCUAAACCCCCCCUCCUUGCCAAUGAAAUCGAGCGUAUAAUAUUACCAUCAAAAGUACAGAGUAACAACAGGUCUACUUUUCGUUUCGGCUUUCCAUUUUCCAUACUUUUUCUUGUAAACUUUUUCUUUUCUUCUAUAUCCUGUUUCAACUUUCUUCUUUACUUUAACGUUCGUUUCAUUUCAUUUCCUCAUAUGUCUUUCUUAACCUUUUUCACUUUCACUUUUCAUUCUUCUUCUUUUUCUUCUUCUUCGUCAUCGUUAUCUUCGUCGUCGUCUUCUCUAAUUUAUCUUUCUCGAAACAUAUCCGAAAUUUCUACAUUCCGAUUCACAUGA